AUGAUUACUACGACUGCGACUAUUACAUCUUCUACUACUCAAAUGACAUCCAUUUCUAAUUUUACUGAAUUUUCGUCGUCAAAAACAAGCCAUAUCUGGGAUUCCGAUUUUUGGAAAUGUAACACGACUCAUACGCCAGUUAUGGCUAAAAGUAGUAGUAGUAGUAGUAGUAGUGUUAUUCAAAAGGGUCGAUUUAAAAUAAUAAUAGGUCAAGAUGAUUAUAGUUGCGAACCUGUACGUCAGCAUGUUGUAUUUGAAUGGAAACGUAAAAGAUCUAAUUCGUCAGCUAUUUCUUUAUCAACAAAGAAAAAAUAA